AUGCACUCUCCGGGUAAUCCGACCACCUCUCUGCCCAUAGUCAACGGUCAUGGCUCUCCCCUAGCACAUAAUGUGACCAACGUCGACGAUGAAGACGCACCCAGCGAAAGCGAACUGUCCGACCCUACGAACCGUGCCGCCGCAGCUCUAUCACCAUCUAGCGAUGCUCAGAGUCCCGUACAAGAUGAGGACAAUGAGGUAGAUGCGCUGUCGGACUCGUCCCACAGCGAAGAUGCGGAAGGCUCAGAGGACGGAGACUACGAGUCGGAAACGCCACCUGCCCAGUCAGACAACGAAGAAGUUGAUCGGUCAUCAUCGGAGGACUCGCAGAGACCCCGGAAACGGAAAGCUAGUGUUGAAGACGAUGAGUACAUAAACCAAAAUCCAGAGCUCUACGGUCUCAGGAGAAGCGGCCGCGCUCGCGCAAACCGUCGUGUGAUUGACAGCAGUUCGGAAGAGGAUGACUCUGAUUCUGAUGCUGUGAAUCCUCGCCGGAAGAAGCGGAGAACAAUCGCUCCUGCCAGAGGCUCCCGUCGUCCAUCGCCAGACCCUCCUUCCCCUUCUGAGUCAGACUCCGACUCCGACGCGUACAUUGGUGGUCGUCGCCAGGUCCCUACCAAGAAACAACGGAAACACCGGCACCUUGUGGCCUCGGGACGGGCACCGCCCUCGCAGGCUGAAGUCCGUUUCUCGACACGCAACGCUGCGAAGGUCACGAGUUAUAACGAAGACGAUGAUGACAACAUAUUCAGCGACGAGUCGGAGGAUAUGACGCCCAAUUACUGGGUCGCCGCCGAGGAAGAUGAUAGUCCGCAGAUUGACAGAGUCAUCCUCCAUCGGCGACGAGAAGACUCCGAUGGAGAGAUGAGCAACCUCACGAAACAUGACUACGAGUACCUGAUCAAAUGGGUUGGCAAAGCCCCGUUUCACGCUACGUACGAGGAGUUCUCCUCACUGUCCGGAUACAAAGGGUUCAGGAAAGUUGAGAACUACUUUCGCAAGAUCGUCCUGGAAGAGAUCAUGAUCAUGGGUGAUCCUGAAGUUCCUUCUGAGGAGAAGGAGAAGUGGAACCUCGAUCGCGAGAAGGUCGAAGACCUCCAUGAGGACUCACGGCACGUUGAACGUGUCAUUGCCUCCCAGGAGGGUGAGGAAGAAACCGAGUACCUCGUAAAAUGGAAAGCCCUCCCGUAUGAGGAAUGUACUUGGGAGCCGGCAUCACUGGUCGGUCAGCUUGCUCAAGACCAGAUCGACCGGUAUCUCGACAGAUCUUCGAAAGUGCCCGUCUCCGACAAGCGUGAGUCCAACAUCGCCACACGUCGGAAGUACGUCGCUAUCCGCGAGCAGCCCGAAUACAUUAAAUUCGGCCAACUCAGAGACUUCCAAUUGAGAGGCGUCAGCUUCUUGGCGUACCACUGGUGCAAAGGAGACAAUGCCAUUCUUGCCGACGAAAUGGGUCUUGGCAAGACAGUACAAACAGUGUCGUUCAUGAAUUGGUUGCGACAUGACCGUGGCCAACAAGGGCCGUUUGUCGUAGUUGUUCCACUCUCGACCCUUCCCGCAUGGGCGGAGACCUUCGACAACUGGGCGCCUGACAUGAACUACGUUGUCUACAACGGCAACGAAGCCUCGCGGAAGAUUAUCCGCGAGUACGAAAUGCUUGUUGAGGGCAACCCCAAGAGGACUAAGUUUCAUGUGCUCUUGACGACCUAUGAGUUUGUUCUUGCCGACUCCACUUUCCUUUCGCAAAUCAAGUGGCAGUUCAUGGCCGUAGACGAGGCUCAUCGACUUAAGAACCGUGAGUCUCAGCUAUAUGCCAAGCUGAUGGAUUUCGGGGCACCAAGUAGACUCCUCAUCACCGGUACCCCGAUGCAGAACACCUUGGGCGAGCUCUCCGCCCUGAUGGACUUCAUCAUGCCCGGGAUGAUUGAGGUCGAUGAGAACAUUGACUUACAGUCAGAAUCGGCCAGUCAGAAGAUUGCUGAGCUCACUAAUGCAAUCAGCCCGUACAUGAUUCGCCGGACCAAGCAGAAGGUAGAGAACGACUUGCCGCCCAAGACUGAGAAGAUCAUCCGUGUCGAAUUGUCUGAUCUCCAACUCGAGUAUUACAAAAACAUCCUGACUAGGAACUACGCCGCCUUGAAUCAAGGUGGCAAGGGUCCGAAGCAAUCACUACUCAACAUUAUGAUGGAGCUGAAGAAGGCCAGCAACCACCCUUACAUGUUUGCCGGUGCCGAGGAACGCAUGCUUGCAGGUAACUACCGCCGGGAAGACCAACUCAAGGCACUUGUCACUAGCAGCGGUAAGAUGAUGCUUCUCGACCGCCUGUUGACGAAGUUGAAGAAGGACAACCACCGUGUCCUUAUUUUCAGUCAAAUGGUCAAGAUGCUCGACAUUCUCGGUGAUUAUCUGCAGCUUCGCGGCUACCAGUUCCAGAGGCUGGACGGAACUAUUACUUCCGGCCAAAGAAGGCAGGCUAUCGACCACUUCAAUGCUUCUGAGAGUCAAGAUUUCUGCUUUCUGCUCUCGACCAGAGCCGGUGGUCUUGGUAUCAACCUGAUGACAGCAGACACUGUCAUUUUGUUUGAUUCAGAUUGGAACCCGCAGGCUGACCUUCAGGCAAUGGCUCGUGCUCACCGUAUUGGUCAAAAGAACCCUGUCACAGUGUACCGACUCGUGUCGAAGGAUACAGUUGAAGAGGAGGUUCUCGAGCGAGCGCGCAACAAGCUCAUGCUCGAAUACAUCACCAUUCAACGCGCUGUCACGGACAAGGGCGACAAAGAGGCUUUCGAUCGAGCUGCAAGGGCUGUCGCAGAGCCGACCUCGUCCGACGACAUCAACCGCAUCCUCAAGAAGCGUGGUCAGAAGAUGUUUGAGCAGACUGGAAACCAGAAGAAACUGGAAGAGCUCGACAUCGACGCUGUCUUGGAGAACGCUGAGGAGCACAAGACAGAACAGCCUGAAGGCAUCACCACCGACGGUGGCGAGGAAUUCCUCAAGAGUUUUGAGUACACUGACGUCAAGCUUGACCUUGAGUGGGAUGAUAUCAUCCCCAAAGACCAACUCGAGGAGAUCAAAGCAGAGGAGAAGCGUAAGCAAGAUGAAGAGUUUCUCGCCAGGGAAAUCGAGCAGAGUCAGCCCAGAAAGCGUAAGGCACCCAAUGAGGAACGCGAGCAACGCGCUGCCAAGAAGCGAGCUCGCCAGGCUGCUCAGGAAGCUGCAGAAGCUGCGCAAUCGGGCGACGAAUCUGGCCCUGACGACGAUCCGAAGCGGCCUUUGUCUGAGAAGGAGAUUCGCAAUCUUAUCCGUGCUCACGAGAAAUUCGGAUCCAUUGAGGAGCGUGGGGAUGAAAUGGUCAAGGAAGCCAAGUUGAGCAACCGCGACAGGGAAGUUGUGAAGGCAACCCUGAAAGAAGUGAUGGACCACUGUCGCGAUCUAUUAAGGGAGGAGCAAGUAAAGAACGAGGCCAUGGCACGUGAAAACAACAAGGUCCUCACUAAGAAGGACAAGAAGGCCAUCCUGUUCGACUGGAAAGGUGUGAAGAGACUCAAUGCCGAAACGAUCCUGGAACGGCCACACGAGAUGAGGCUCAUCAAGGAAGCCGUUGCUGCAGCUUCCGAAUGGCGCAACUUCCGACUUCCCGAGGCGUCAAAACCUGCGCAUUACAGCUGCCCUUGGGGUGCGCGGGAGGACGGCAUGCUUGCCGUCGGUAUUUCCAAGCAUGGCUAUGGCUCGUGGGUCGCCAUUCGAGAUGACCCGGAACUUGGCAUGCAAGACAAGUUCUUCCUCGAAGAGCACCGUGUGGAUAAGAAGGAGGAACGCAGCAAGGCCGAAGACAAGAACGCCAAAUCUCCGGGUGCGGUCCAUCUCGUCCGCAGAGCCAAUUACCUCAUCAGCGUCCUCAAGGACAAGGCUUCCAACGGCACAAACGCUGCCGCAAAGAGAGCUUUGGACAAUCACCAUCGCAACAACAAGAAGUGGAAUGCCUCGCGUCGUCCGGAGAAGCAAGGCAGUGCGUCUGCCAGCCCUGGGCCUGCUAACAUGCGGAAAGUCAACCGCGAACAAGAUAGGGCUCGCAACCGCACCCAGAGCCACAGCGAGCAUCGCCACGAGCAUCGUCACAGCGAACACCGGCAUGGUGAACACCGUCAUGGUGAGCAUCGCCAUAGUGUGGAUCGUCGUUCAGAGAAGCCCGACCGAAACGGAACCCCAGAAGUCCGGCGCAAGGCCAGUGGUGAACUUGACGACAAGCACAAGUUGAAGCACAAGCACCACAGGGCUGACGAGCGGCCUCGUCACUCGGCUGAGAGCCACCAUCGUCGGGAGUCAAGCAACCUGAAUGGUCAUGCUAACCGCAGUAACCCGUCGGCGAAGUUGCUCAAGCCUGUACAAGAGAAUCUCGACGCACUUGUCAAGUGUACAUCUCAAAAGAUUCCCGAUCGUGUGGAAAGGUCUUUGGCGCUGAAGAAGGAGUUUUUGAAGGUCGGACAGUUCAUUUCACAGGGCUUGCGGGAAAGAGCGAGCCCUACGGAAAAGGCCCGUCUAUGGGAUUUCAUUGCCAACAAUUUCUGGCCCAGCAAAGGUGUCGAAGGGUCGAAGCUGAAUGACAUGUAUCAAAAGAUUAAGAUAUCCGAAGAGAAGGCCAAGACGGCCGGCGGCGAGCACGACAAGGCCAAGACGGCCGGCGAGCCGGAGCACAAGGUCAAAAACGAGCCUGGGUCUCAAGAAAAGGGGCAAGGCGCGAGUGCGGAGCAGGAGAAAGCCAAGCCGGCGACGAACGGGGAAGAAGCAAAAGCCACGUGA